CACAGGGACACCAAACGGCAUUUCACACGGGGAGCACAGAAGUAGGUUGUUUUAUUUCAAAUAUUUUAUUAUCUUGAGGUUACUUAGAUUUUCCUUUAAUUUUUACUUCAGUUACAUUUUAAAUUGAUUCAGCUAUCUUUAGUUAUUCGGUAAUAUUGCCAUCGUGUUAAUUCUACAAAACAAUAUUUUCUUUUAUUCAUCUUCAAACGACAUCAUUAUCACCUGUGAAAUCCCUGUCGUACCUCACCGGAACUAAAAACCAUAUUGCUUACCUUGACCUAGAUAAUUAUCACAAAGACAAAUGUGUACUACAUCAAUGACUAAUCUGUUAACUGAUGAUCAGAAUGAAGUAAUUGAAUAUCUCCACUUUUUAUUAGUAAGAUCGCAAGUAUUCGUCAUAUUUAGAGGAGUGGAUCAUCCUCUCUUUGCUCACCGGUAUUUGAAAGGUGACGGUAAUAUCGUACAGUAAACAAGGAGUUCGAGGGAAAGUGAAGAUAAAAAUGAAACCGUUACUGGCUAGUUGUUGCUGUUGGUUUAAACUGAAGACGGGGUCUUACGCUGCAGGAUUCUAUACACUGAUUACCUCAGUAAUUGACGUUGGGCUGGCUAUCUACGCCAUCGUAUUUCUUAACAACUACAAAGAAGAACAGCGAGAGACGUUCAGACUUCAUCAGUACGAAAAUUUCGUGCCACCCGCCUCUGUUCCCCUGUUAGUGGUAGGUUUGGUGAACGCCAUACUUGGUGCUCUCAUCUCAGUAAUGCUGCUAGCGAUGUUACGGAAGGGGUAUGCAGGACACGUGUGGAUGAAGUUAUGGUGCGCUGGGUUCUCUCUCUUCAGAAUCUAUGAAAUCGUGGGCAUAGGCUACGUGCUUGCCAUCCUAGGACACAGACUCACGACUGUGAUAUAUGUCAACCCCGUCCUGAUUGCACUGUUUGUAUUCUGGAUUCUUGACACGGGGAUUAUUGGUGCUGGCGUGGUGUGCGUUCUGUCUCAUUAUGGAGAGUUAGACCAAAGAGAGAACAGGAAAAAGCGGCGCACUAAGGAGGUCCUGACGCGGAUAAAGAUUCAGGAGAGGAGGGGCAACAGCGGAGAGGUGGCACGUGCGCAGCAGGUGGAAGAAGAGGGACUUAAUCUCGACGAACAAAAAGAGGCCGAAUCGCAUCUAUUAUGAUUUAUUUUUACCGUCGGUUGUAGGUAGAACUGUCAUUCAGCUUUUAGAAAGUUAUUUGUUCUGAUAGAUAUGCUACUGUAAGAACUGAGCUGUGACAUGGAUUAAGUUCUUUUUUUGUAAAAAAAAAAAAAAAAAAAA